AUGUGCUUUUUCCUCUCCGCUUGUCUGAAUGUGUUGCAGGGCUCCCAGUACGAGCUGAAAGAUAAUCCGGGUGUCCACCCUGCUACCUUUGCUGCCCACACUGCCCCCGGCUAUUAUCCCUAUGGACAGUUCCAGUACGGGGACCCGGGGCGGCCCAAAAACGCCACCCGGGAGAGCACCAGCACCCUCAAGGCCUGGCUCAACGAGCAUCGCAAGAACCCCUACCCCACCAAGGGCGAGAAGAUCAUGCUGGCCAUCAUCACCAAGAUGACCCUCACCCAGGUCUCCACCUGGUUCGCCAACGCCCGCCGGCGGCUCAAGAAGGAGAACAAGGUGACCUGGGGCUCCAGGAGUAAGGACCAAGAAGAUGCAAACCUUUUCGGGAGUGACAAUGAGGGCGACCCCGAGAAGAACGAAGACGACGAGGAAAUCGACCUGGAGAGCAUAGACAUAGAUAAAAUCGACGAGAACGACGGGGAGCAGAGCAACGAGGAAGAGGAGGAGAAGCCCGAGCUCCUGAGACAAAGCAGCGAAGAAGAACACUUGGAAAAGGAGAAGGAUUUGGCACUGUCAGGGUCUGAAGGGCUGAAACCCAAAGACGCGCUGGCCAUGGUGAAGGAGGCCUCUGACAGCAGUACGCGAAUCCUCAGUCCCGGGGGACAGAACAAUUUACAGAUGCCAUCUCACAGCAAACCCAAGAUUUGGUCUUUGGCAGAGACGGCAACCAGUCCUGACGGUGCCCUGAAAUCCUCUCCCCCCCCGCCCCCCCCUCCCCAGGUUAACCACACUUCUCCACAGAUCCAGCACCCCGCUUUUCUCCCUAGCCAUGGACUUUACACAUGCCAGAUUGGCAAAUUUCACAACUGGACAAAUGGGGCUUUCCUCACUCAGAGUUCCCUGCUAAAUGUGAGGUCCUUUUUGGGAGUAAAUCACCACCACGCCGCUCAUCACAAUCAUCACCUCCAGGCCCAGCAACAACCUUCUGUUUUAACAGCAACCCUGGGAGCCCUAAGCAGUGAAAAACCUUCAGAGAGGACCAGUCCCAAACACAUAGAAAGAGAAAAUGUACCGAGAACCGAAUCCCCACCUCAGCCGCUAAAAUCGCCCUUCCAGCCUGUCCGUGACAACUCUUUGGCUCAGCAAGAGGGAGCACCGAGAAUUUUAACAGCUCUCCCUUCCGCUUGA